AACCAUUACCAGUUACCCGGUCCAGUCGGUUGCCCCGAAUUCACUGGAACCCUCCAAAUCAUUCUCUCUCAACACACCCCGCCAGCAUUUCCCCACCUGAAGGGUGACCGACAGACAGCCAGGCAACUUCUUGCCUUCUUAAACGUUCUCCGACAUCAUUGGCAAAGAGCGCUAAGAUCCGAGGUUGAUCAAUGGCUGUCGAAACGGAAGUUACAAGUGUUACUGAACUGGCUCUUGCUGAUACUGACAUCAAUUGGGCCAGGCUGGACAAGACGAAGUUUCAUAUUAUUGGUGCUGUCCUCUUUACUGUUCAGCAAGGCUUACUUCACCCAACAGCAGUUGUGAAGACUAGAAUGCAAGUAGCAGAUUCUGGGCUCUCUCACAUGGGUGGAAUAUCCGUAGCUAAACACAUAUUGAGGAACGAUGGUAUUCCAGGUCUUUUUCGAGGUUUUGGCACCUCUGCUAUUGGAGCAUUACCUGGUAGAGUUCUUUCUUUGACAGCUCUUGAAGUGUCAAAAGAUAUGAUGUUCAAAUACACUGAAGCUUUAGAUAUGCCUGAAGCAACACGUGUUGGUAUUGCAAAUGGAGUUGCAGGCAUGUUGUCAAAUCUAGUUUCUUGUGUGUACUAUGUGCCCUUGGAUGUGAUAUGCCAAAGACUAAUGGUGCAAGGGCUUCCCGGGGUUGCAUCUUAUAAAGGGCCAUUUGAUGUCAUGUGUAAAGUGAUGAAGACUGAAGGGUUCCGUGGUUUAUAUAGAGGUUUUGGAUUGACAGCUGUAACGCAGUCACCGGCAUCGGCGCUUUGGUGGGGUACCUAUGGUGCUGCCCAGCACAUCAUUUGGAGGAGCAUGGGCUAUAGGGAUGACAUUGACAAGAAACCAUCUCAUCUGGAAAUGGUGACAGUUCAGGCUAUGGCAGGAACAGUGGCUGGUGCUUGUUCCUCAAUUAUCACUACUCCCAUGGAUACCAUAAAGACACGGCUGCAGGUUAUGGAUAAUUAUGGUUCUGGAAGACCUUCAGUACUCAAGACAACUAAGACUCUACUCAAGGAAGAUGGAUGGCGGGGCUUCUACAGAGGUUUUGGACCCCGUUUCUUAAAUAUGUCACUCUAUGGAACUACAAUGAUCGUUACCUAUGAACUGAUAAAGAGAUUAUCUAUCAAGCAAGGAUGAAGGCUCACUGUUUCUGCGGCAGCAAGGAUGAAGGCUCAAGGUGGACGAGUAAUCGCUGGUCUUGCAUUUCCAUGAACCGAGAGGAAGUUCAUUCCAAGAAGUCUCCACUCUCUCUUUCCAUAAACCAUUGCCUCUCAAGUGUUACUCAAGGCAGUUUUGACACGGUCAGGAUUGGGUAACAUUUCUUGGAGAUUGGUCCUUCUCUUAAAUUUUUUGAUGAAGAAGGCGUGUCUCAGUUUACUCACUGGCCUUUUCGUGCUGCAACUGGAAAUACAUGUUCCAUUGUUAUUUAUUUAUUCACUUCAAUUUAUUUUCUUGAAUGUUUUGAUUAUUUUGAUGGUUUUUAUGUAAAAAAAGGGUAAAAUUUAAACAAGGAUCAUUAUUGGCCACA